AUGCCACCGCCUAAGCGGAAAGAGAAAUGGCACAACCCUCCUACAAAUAAUGACCUCCUCAAUGACCUUUAUGCAUCAACCCGCUCUGUCAUCCAUGCCCGUCCGAAAUCCCGCAUGGUCUCUCCACCUUUCCCACGUAGGUCUCAGCAGCAAUCCCAGCCGCAGCAGCCGCAGCAUCAUCAUCAUCAACAGCAGCCGCAGCAGCGAUCGCAACCAAAGCCUCGACCUGCAUCUUCUUCCUCAAAUUCCAUGACAAAAAGACCUGACCCAAAAAUUGGUCUACGUUACGAUGGCUCUGGAACUCCAAUUCCAACCCAGUACAUGUCUUUACUCAGCCAAACCCUCCGAGAACAACAACUUGUGGCUGCUGUCAAUGGUGGCAGACAAGCUUUUGUCAACUCGCCGCAAAGAUCGGCCGGACCAAUAACUUCAAGAAACAGAUCAAAAACAGCACCUCCGCUGCCGUCAACAAAAUCAGUAGACUCUUCUAGUAAACCAAAACUUCCAUCAUCGGCACGCAAAAAACGUGGAGAGCAACUCAAUAUUAAGCUACCACAGCCAAUACCCAAGAAAACCACUGUUUUGGAGGACUAUGAGAAAAAUGAAAAGGAAGAAAAAGAUGAAGAUGAAGGAGAAGAUGAAUCGGACGAAGAGGAAAUCGAAUGGGAAGAUGUGGCUGCUGAAGCCCAAGAAGAUGAAGAAGAUGACUAUGAAGAUGAAGAAGAUGACGACUCUGGUUCAGACUCGGAUACUGCCAUAGAACGCAGACGUGCAAAAUUUGGUCUCACUGGAAAUGACACUUCGGAAAAAUCUUCGAAACAAGUCACUCUUGUUAUACCAGAAAAAGAAAAUACCCAAUCCAAAUCCUCUAAACGAAACGGCCCAACCACAUCUCUUUUACCUCGCGCAGAAAAGGCAACUCGUCUGGCCAUUCACAAAAUCCAUCUUCUUUGUCUUGUUGCCCAUGUGGCUCUGAGAAAUCACUGGUGUAACGACCGCCGCAUCAUGGCCGCUUAUCGAGGACUUUUACCGCCUUCAGUCAUUGACAAAAUAGCUCCAACUCAAGAUACCCUUAAUAAAGUUUGUGAGCGUUAUGGUCAAAGUUCAGCUGAUCUUAUUCUUUCUCGAAAACUAAUGGACGGUCUGAGAUAUGCAAUGUCAGCAUGGAAUGGUUCUGCUGCUUAUUCACGUCGUCCCUCCGAUUCGGUCAGACCUUUGCGUGGCACAGGCUUCAAAACAGCACUUGAUCGUGGAAUCAAAUUAGUAUCAUGGGCAGACAUCAACAAACCCGACAGAAUCGUGGAAAGUAAAAUGGACAAGGAAAAGUUUGUCAAAAAUCUUACUAAACGUUUUCGUGGAUCAAGAGACCUUGCAGCUCAGGGGUUCACUGCGCUACUGCGAUCUAUUGGGCUUGAUGCACGCUUGGUUUGCUCUCUUCAGCCGUUAGAUUUUACUUCAAAUGUUCCCAUUGAAAAUGAUGGUGAAUUUUCUGGCCCAGCAAACAACAUUUGCAGUGCUUAUCCUGUUUAUUGGACCGAAGUAUGGGAUCCAUAUGCGCGCCAUUGGAUUUCUGUUGACCCUAUUGUUCUCCAAAUUAUUGAAACAGCUACCUUGCGCAGGAAAUCCAAAUUUGAACCUCCUUUAAAAGACCCGGCAAACUCGCUUCGUUAUGUUCUUGCUUUUGAUCCUGAUGGUCGUGCAACUGAUGUCACUCGACGAUAUGCGUAUUGGUAUAAUGCAAAAACUAAUAAAAAGCGCGUGACAGUAACACCUGAGGGCCGGAUUUGGUGGGCUCGAGCUAUGGCUCUUUAUAAAAGAUGGAAUCUAAGAGAACGAGAUGUGCUUGAAGCAAAAGAAAUGCAAGACAGAAACGAGGGAGAAGAACUGCCGUCCAAGCUUGGUGAUUUUAAAGACCACCCAGUAUAUGUGCUUGAGCGGUUUAUUCGCUCGGAUCAAGUUAUUGAACCCAAAAUACCCUGUGGAACUCUUGCUUUAAAGAAAAGUGGUAGAAGCAUGGCCACUCCCAUUUUUAACAACUCGUCACGUACAGGAAGUGCCGCAUCUCGGGCUGCUGCCAAUGCAACAGCAAUAACGACUGCACCACCACCACCAAAUGUGGAGUAUAUUUAUCCACGUAAGUUUGUCAAAGAGGUCAAGUCUGCACGCACAUGGUAUCAGCAAGGCCGAGUACUCAAGCUUGGAGCAGCUCCAAAAAAACAUAUUAUACGCAGAUCGCUCCAGUCUUUAGGAAGACCAACUCACCGCCGACGCACAGUUCAAAGCGAUGAAGAUGAAAGCUCUGACGAUGAUAAAAACAUUUUUGACGAGACUAAAGAGGACGAUGGCAAAGUUCGUGUUGGACUUUACGCUUAUGAUCAAACUGAGCUGUACGUCCCGCAACCUAUUGGUGAAGAUGGGUCUGUUCCACGUAAUGCUUAUGGUAACAUUGACGUUUUUGUUCCUUCCAUGAUACCCAAGGGUGGUGUGCUUUUGACACAACCGCAUAUUGAAGUGGCAGCCAAGAUUCUGGAAAUCGAUUAUGCACGCGCCAUUGUUGGAUUUGAGUUUGGUAACGAGGCUUCUUUUGCUUUUAAAGAUGGGAAUACCGAAUCUUUAAGCUUGCGCCCUAAAAAGGGCGCUGUACGUGCUCGUGCUAAACAUGGCGGUAUAGUUAUUUCGGCAAAAUACGAAGAAGCAGUCAGAACUGUAUAUGAUGCAUUAGUACAAGAGCAAGAAGAAGAGGACCGUCGGCGAGCCAUUGCCAUGGCACUGUUUCGGUGGCGACGCUAUGCCACUGCCUUACGUAUCAAGGCUCGACUCAAUAAAGAGCAUGGUACUGUGGAGGAAGUAGAAGAGAGAGAGCAAGAAGAACACGCGGAAAAGAUUCGACGAGUCCAAAGAGAUGUCAAAAAAGCUGUGAUACAAAAGGAUCUUGAAGAGAUACCCAAAGAAACACAGCAAGGAAAGGGUGGAUUUGUCCAUGAUGAUGAAAAUUCUGGUGGUGGCGGCUUUCUUGAAGAAAAUAAUCAAGAUGGUGGUGGUUUUUUACCUGAUGAUCAAGGUGGAUUUGUUCAAGAAAUUGAUGAGAGUGGUGGUUUUUUGCCUGAAGACCAAAAUGAGAGUUUACUACUAAAAAAUCAAAAUGGUUCUAAUUCAGAAAUCCAGGGUGGAUUUGAUCCAGAAGACCGAGAGGAAGUUGUUGAAAAGGAACAAGGCGGGUUUGUUCAUGAAGACCAAGGUGGGUUUGUUCAUGAAGACCAAGGUGGUUUUAUUCAAGAGGACCAAGGUGAGGGUUUCCAUGAAGAUCAGGGUGGUUUCAUUCAAGAAGACCAAGGUGGUUUCAUUCAAGAAGACCAAGGUGGUUUCAUUCAAGAAGACCAAGGUGGUUUCAUUCAAGAAGACCAAGGUGGUUUCAUUCAAGAAGACCAAGGUGGUUUUAUUCAAGAAGACCAAAAUCAAGGUGGCUUUAUUGCUGAUGAUGAUACCCAAACUGAUCCACCAGUAGCGUUUGACGAAAAUAGAUUUACUACUACAUCGCCAUCUUCUGAAGAAGUUACUGAAGAACCACUUAAAGCAUCAUCACUUACAUUUUCAAAAGUAUCAAUCGUUGCACCUGCACCUUUACGUCCAAAAAUCAAAAUUCCCAAGUUUGUGGAAGUUAGUGAUGCUGACGAGGAAGACGAUAGUGAUUAUGAGUUAGAAAGCUCCAGAAGACCAGUACCUCGAAUCAAGUUAGUAUUAGGGAAUCGGACGUCGAAGGACAUUAAAGGCAAAGGUAAACCUCCUUUGCGCGAAUCAAGCGAAGAGGAUACAGUUAAGAAGGAAGUUAUGGCACCUCGUGGAAUCAAUUGGCUUAGACAAGAACUUGCAGGUAAAUCUAAAGAGUCAUCAGGAUUAAAUGAGAAAAAGUCUAAUUCAGUGGUUCUUUCAGAUAGUGACAGUGAUAACAGUGAUAGUGUUGAUUAUGGGUUAGAUUUAGCGAUACUUCAAUCGUUGGAGGAAACAAAUGCCAAAGCUAAGAAAGAGUUACCGCCACCAUUACCACCACCAUUACCAUUACCACCUGUUACAAGGAAACCCCCCGUGGAGAUGACAAGCAGUGAUGAAGAGUUAGAAGCUGCUCGGUUAGAAGAGGAGGCUCGCAGAGAAAGAGGGGAGCUUGAUGAUGACGAUGAUGAGUCGCUAAGUGAAUCACAGUUACUUGAUGCCUAUGAUGAUGAUUAUGAUGAUGAUGGUGAUGAUGAUUAUAAUGACAAUGAUGAUUAA